AAAGCUCGCCACCAAAGUCUCCCAGCUCCCAAGUAAACACACUUGUUCGACCGCAGAGUUCCUCCGGUAUGUGUAACAUGAUCACCAUCCCGUCGAUCGCCUGGCUGCGCCGCGCCGUGCGGCGGUGGCGCGCCCGGGGCGCCGGCUCCGCGGCGGUGCCGGCGGGGCACGUGGCGGUCUGCGCGGAUGGCGCGCGGUUCGUGGUGCGGCUGGCGCACCUGGGUCACCCGGCUUUCCUGGAGCUGCUCCGGCAGGCCGAGGAGGAGUACGGCUUCCCGCCCGGCGCCUCCGGCCCCGUCGCGCUCCCCUGCGACGAGGGCCGCCUCCGCGACGUCGUCCGCCGCGUCUCAUCGUCGUCCAUGGAGCGCCGCUCCUCCCGUCGUCGCCGCGGCGACUCGCGGCCGCUGCUGCAAGGGGUGGACGUGGAGAAGCUCGUCUUCUGAGCGAUUGAAAAAGCUACGCGAAGCACCGUUUCUUCAAGCACACGCAGGCGCACCGGCGGCGGCAUCAACUGGCGGCACCGUCUUCUCGACGGACGCGAGAACAGGCGAAAGCAGGAAGCGACCAGGCUGGGCGUGCUGCUAAUCUGCUAUGCUGCCGCUUGCCGGCGUAUCGCCGGCGAUGGGGCAUGCAUGCAGUGUAGGGUGUAGGUAGACUAGUACGUGAUGGUAGCAUUUGUUUCACGAAUUCUUGGGAUUGUUUUCUCUAUAACUCUGCUACUCGGUUGCGCAAAAUUAAAGAUUAAUUCAUUCAUGCAUUGUUCUUGUUGUACAA